CUACUCCCCCAACCACAACCCAAUAAUUUUCAGCUACAAGUACGAAUAUCACGACUACAAGUCACGAUUGCGACUACCGCCAUACCUACAGGUCCACUGCUUAUCGUCUGAUUCUCGGAAUACUAUUGUGUACCCGUAGUCAACAUUCCUCGCGCAAGCAACAUUGGGCCUGAGUCCUUGCUUAUCGAUAGCACCCUGUCGUCCUCACAAAAACAUAUUACCCAACUCGUCACCUCUCCGGCGCCCUGUGCACCUCCUGCACCACCUCAAUCACAACUUUUUCCUCGACUCUACCUACCUUACCCUACCUAUCAUAACAAAUCCGUUCUCCAUGUCUCUGCGGUGAGCGGAACUUCAACAGAUAACUAUAGCAGCGACAUACCGCUGCGACCUUGCAAGUCCGCGACCAACACCACUACCCUCGCGGCCACGGACAAGAUUACAACCACCACAUAUCAUGGAUACCACCGGCCAUAUCCUAGCGACCGCCCAUCAUGUAUACGCCCGCAGCGGAGGGAUCGGAGGGGACAAGAAUGGGCGACCGCCGAUCUUCAAGAUCGUCGGCUUGGUCCUGGCCAUCGCAUCCGGUCUGUUCAUCGGUGUCUCAUUCGUCUUGAAAAAGAUGGGAUUGUUGAAGGCCAAUGUCAAAUACAACGAGGAGGCUGGCGAGGGCUACGGAUACCUGAAGAACGUGUGGUGGUGGGCAGGUAUGAUCCUCAUGAUCAUUGGCGAGAUAUGUAACUUUGUCGCCUACGCUUUCGUCGAUGCCAUUCUAGUCACCCCUCUUGGUGCACUAUCCGUCGUUGUCACUACUAUCCUGUCCGCCAUCUUCCUCAAGGAGCGCCUGAGUUUCGUCGGCAAGGUGGGAUGCUUCAAUUGCAUCAUUGGCUCAGUGGUCAUUGUCAUCAAUGCCCCGGAGCAGUCGGCAGUCUCGGACAUCCAAGACAUGAAGAAACUAGUAUUGUCGCCCGGAUUCUUGAGCUAUGCUGGCGUUGUCAUCGUAGGCUGCGCCAUCGUCGCUAUUUGGCUGGGUCCGAAGUAUGGCAAGAAGACUAUGAUGGUCUAUCUCAGCAUUUGCAGUCUGAUCGGUGGCCUCAGUGUCGUCGCAACCCAGGGCCUGGGAGCAGCCAUUGUAGCAGCAAUAGGUGGAAAGUCGCAAUUCAAGGAGUGGUUCACCUAUGUUCUACUCGUCUUCGUCAUCUCGACGCUAUUGACCGAAAUCAUCUACCUGAAUAAAGCGCUCAAUCUCUUCAAUGCUGCUCUGGUCACGCCCACCUAUUACGUUUUCUUCACUUCCGCAACCAUUGUCACCUCGGCCAUUCUCUUCCGCGGCUUCAAGGGCACGCCGGCCACCAUUUCCACCGUCAUCAUGGGCUUCCUCCAGAUCUGUGCAGGAGUCGUGCUAUUGCAACUCUCCAAAUCGGCCAAAGACGUUCCCGAUGCCGCCGUCUUCAAGGGCGAUUUGGAUCAGGUUCGAACCGUCGCGGAACAAGAGGAACCAGAAUACGAACCCCGUGCUGACACAAUCCGUGGCGGUUCCUCCAUUAUUCGAUCCAUAUCCAAGGCCAGAACGGAGAAGCAGGCCCUCGAGGCGAAGAGAAUCCACGACGAGCAACAGAUGGAGUCUAUCGGAGAGAACGAGCAAUUGGAAUGGGAUGGUCUCCGCCGAAGGAAAACUGUUCUUGAUCCCGAGCGCUCUGGCACCAUUGUCCGCCGCAAGACCGUACAUCCGCCGCUUGGAAUGUCUUCAUUCCCCCCUGAAGAUGAAUCAGACGAUGACACCAGCUACCAUCCUGGCUUCUUCCAACGCCUGCGCUCUCGAGGCAAGUCUACUAGCAGUACUCGCCCUCCCACCGGUGUCGGCCUGAGCUCGCUUCCGCCAGUACCCACCGAUGGUGCUUCGGAAAGAUCGGGAUCUCACAUCUCCCGCAAGGACUUUGGACAGGAUACAGCGUACCACCCGCACGAUAAUACUAUCCAGUUCGCGCCCAUGCCCUCAUCUCACCAUGACGAAGAGCGUCACAACUCUGGCGACUCCCUUCACCCCCCUCGACCACCACCACACACGGCUAAGCGCCAAUUCUCGUUUCAAAACGUCUUCUCACGUCACCGCUCUGAGAGCACGGGUUCCGGUCCCGAGAAGAUGAGACCCACCAGCCGAAGUAGUAGAAAGAGCAGCCGAGAUCACCAUCACCAGGGAGCUGGAACCGAGGAGGAACGACUCGGACUUGUCACUGGCGAUUCUCGGACCCUCCUCUCCGCCAUUCCUAGUCGGGACAGCCGAGAACUCAGCCCUGAGCGCUUCACAGACGAAGACCGGGCUGGUUACAACAUGCCGCGGUCCUAUAGUCCUAGUGAAUCCCCGGAGCGCCCCAGUGAUCUCCCUCGGCAUGGCUUGACAAGAGUCGAGACGGAAGAAUCUGAUCGUGGUUUUAACGAAAAGGAUUACGAAAAGACCUUUGAGCGGAGCCCUAGGGAUCGAAGUCCCCCAAGAGGCGGCAGUUCUUUCUUAUAAACAACAUCUCGAGCUGUUUCUUUACACCUCGCACGCGCAAAUGUGCUUACG